CAGGUGAAGAUCUCUUGGUGUCAAGGUGGAAAGGCGGAGGGAAGGAAUGUCCUGGUUCUUCUACACGGCUGGAUGGGUCAAAAGGCGGACUGGAAAUUGGUGAGCCAAAUCCUGAUGGAGGAGGGUUGUAGCAUUCUGGCACUGGAUUUACCUGGCCAUGGCGACACGCAGGUGGCGGAUGGAUCCUGGGAGGCAUCGGCGCUCUACAGCAUGCCUUUGCUGAUCGAGGUGUUGAAACAGAUCUUGGAUCAGUUGCAGUUGCAGAAGGUCAUCAUGGUAGGCUACUCCUUGGGUGGACGUGUAGCGAUGGGCUUUGCAGACAGCUAUCCGGAGCGUUGUGCGGCGUUGAUGGUUUUGUCUGCCAAUCCUGGUGUCCUGACAGAGGAAGAACGACAUCAGCGAUGGCUUUUGGACCAGCGACAUGCCAAGCAACUGACCCAGCAAACCUUUGAGGCCUUCCUGGACAGCUGGUAUGCAGCACCUCUAUGGGCAGGUUUGAAAGAGAGACGACCAGACGUCUAUUCGCAGAUGCUUGAGAAGAGGAGACAGACUCGUCCGCACUUAGCAGCACAUUCACUGCUGGGGCUCAGCCUCGCCUCCCAGCCGAACUUCCGGCCUCACUUGGGGCAACGCGUUCCCUUCUGGUAUGUUUUUGGUGAGCUGGACAGCAAGUUUGCUGAGAUCGGGAAAGACUUGGCAGCAUGUUCGUCUAAGGUCCAUUCCCUUCCAUGUGGUCAUGCUGUGGUAGAAGAAUGCCCCAGAGAGGUGGCCGAUUUGCUGUUAAGCCUGGUGAAGCAAUUGCCUUCUCCAUCUGCUCCAAAGGCCAAAGUUCUCCAACUCACGGCUGCCUGGACUGAGCCCAUUCAACUCUUGCUGAAGGCACCGCUGCUGCUGUCCAGAGGCGAUUUGAUGCCGCAACGCUCCGGGGUGCUGCUGGUCUUGCAGGCGCAGGUUGAUGGUGCGAAGAUGGCUGGUUUGGGUGAGGUGACACCUCUUCCAUUGUUUCACAAGGAGACUUUAGAUGAGGCAGAAAGCCAGUUGAACUACAUCUUGGCACAGUGGAAUAGCCGACCUCCAAAGGUGCCAUUCGACCUUGGUCGAUUGGAUGGUACUUUGACCAAGUGGUUGGACCAGCAGUGUACAGGCAACCUCUUACCAUCGGUGAGAGCAGGACUUGAAAUGGCCUUGCUCCACCUCUUACGGCGAGCACCCGAAGGUUGGCGGAGGCCGCAGCGUUCAGAUGUGAGUAUCAACAGCCUGCUGGCGCGGGAUGAAGAUCUGGCCGCGGAUACCGCGCUGGUGGCCAAGUUCAAAGUGGGCAAAGAGCCAUUGGAGGAUGCCGAGCGAACCAACCAGCUGGCGAAGCUGCUGCUGGAGAAACGACCGCAGGCCAGAUUACGGCUGGAUGCGAAUCGCUCCUGGAGCCUGGAGCAGGCCGCAUCUUUCAUUAGCAACCUCGACGAGCAAGCGUUGCAAAUCACUGAGUACUUGGAGGAACCAGUUCAGCAGAGCCCCCAACUGUUGCAGCACUGGGAGGUCUUAAGUGAGAAGACUGAAAGACGUUUGGCCUUUGCCGUGGACGAGAGCCUCACUGAGGGCAUCGUCAGCACGAAGGAUUUGGAGAGUUGCAAGGCGCCCAUCAAAGCCUUAGUGCUGAAGCCGUCUCUACAGGGCCUGGAGCAGACGGCGGCAAUGGCCAAGUGGGCAGACGAACAUGGUGCCGUGGCCGUCCUCAGUUCGGCCUUCGAAAGCGGUGUGGCUUUGUGCCAUUUCGCUCUGCUGGCCUCGAUGUUGG